AGAACAUCGCCAACGAAGGGGAGUGAAACUACAGCUGUAAUAUUCAUCAGCCACCAACUGUUCACCACCAAUACCAACCGUUACACCGUUACAUAGGACAUCGAGGGAGGAAUGACCUGCAACUGCGUGGCCUGCCAAGGCCUGUCAAGCUGGAAACAAACCAGUCCACGAUAAACAGGUUCAUUGGGCGCCGAGGGAUGCCAGCCAAAAUAUACUGCGACAACGCGACGAACUUCGUGGGAGCAGAGAGGAAGCUGAGGGAGCUCCGGGAAGCCUUUCUGGCACAGAAAGAGGAGAUUCUCCAAUACGCCGCCGACGAAGGAUUCAUCUUCGCCUUCAUACCACCGAGGGCACCCCACUUCGGCGGCCUGUGGGAAGCAGCAGUGAAGUCGGCCAAACAUCUGCUGGUGCGCGCCGUAGGCAACGCGCUGUUAACCGCCGAAGAAAGCGCAACGCUUCUCGUCGAAGUAGAAGCGGUCCUGAAUUCCCGACCGCUCGCACCACUCAGCAACGACCCCAACGACGGCGAGGCGCUAACGCCGGCGCAUCUACUAAUCGGUUGCCCCUUGCGAGCUUUGCCACCGGAGAAGGUACCCGUCAACCUCAGCCGCUGCUUAGAGAGAUGGCAGCUUGUUUGCUCUCUCAAGCAACAAUUUUGGCGCGCGUGGUCGAAGAGCUACCUUCUGGAGCUUCAGCAGCGCAACAAAUGGGUGCACCCGCAGCCCAACGUCCAACCAGGCCAACUCGUCGUCGUCCACGAAGACAACGUACCACCGCAGCAUUGGGUGCUCGGUCGAGUAACCGCAACCAUUCCCGGAGCGGACGGCAAAAUUCGAGUCGCAGACAUCACCACUAGGUCGGGUGAAGUACGACGCCCUAUUCACAAACUCGCCGUGCUGCCGGUGGAAAACAAGAAUUGAAGGCUGUUGGAUUCCUUCAAGGUGGCCGGUGUUAAGCCAGAUUCUGGCAAACCAUUAGAAUAGAAUAAAUUAAAUAAUAUUGAAUUUAAAAAUUGAAAUUGUAU